ACGGAUGGAUGGGUGUAUAAAUCAUUAUUUAUAUUACCAUAAAUUAAACGUCAUGAGUUCUUUAUCUAAAUAUGUGAAAGUAUGAAUAAUCCUUGAUGAGUAAUACUACUACGCUCUAAUUAUGUCUAGCUUUAAUAACAACAUUCCUUUAUCUUUCAUUAGUUAUAGUACAAUUGAUCCUAUAAAUUAAUUUCUGUUUAUAUUUACUGGUAUUGUGGAAAACGUAUUGUAUGAUAGUGAAAUUGAUGAAUUCGGUUUUAAGAACGUUAAAAAAUGAACUUUUUUUUGGAACUUUCAUUCCCAAAAUGUUUUUCCCGUUGUACACUGAAGGAUGGGUCUGGUGAGAAUAGAAAGGAGGAAAAUUAAUGUUCCCAAAUAAUAUUGUUAUCGACCUGAUUCUGAACAUAUAUAAUGUCUGCCUUCAAUGUGAAACCAAUUAAUGGUUGGAUUCAUUCCGACAAGUUAAUGGCAAAACAAGGAGCAACUUAUGCCGUUAGGUAUGUUGGUUGUUUGGAAGUUAAAGUUUCAAUGAAAAUAUUAGACUUCAAAACUAGAUCUAAUGUGGCAAAAGAGUGCAUCAACCGAGUAUGUGAACACUCAAGAUUCAGGAAUUUAGAUAAAAAACGAAAAGUUGACAAAAAAGUACUGAAAUCCAUAGCAGAUAUACCAAAUCUGAAAUUUUCAGGAACACACGCAAAUUUGAAUGUGUCUAGUAUCAAUUUGUCUCUGAUAUCACUAGAUACAAAUCAUAUAAUCGCAAGUCAUGAUAUGCCUAAUAUAUCUUUUGCUUCUGGAGGCGAUACGGACACAAUGGAUUUUGUAGGUUACAUAGCAAAAGAUGUCAACGAACUCCGAGCUUGUUAUGUUUUGGAAUGUAUCGGUGGUCUAGCCAAAGAUGUAAUAUCAACGAUAGGCCAGGCAUUUGAAUUGAGGUUUCAGCAAUUCACGAGUAAAUCACCUGUUGCACUGGGGACAGCAUUGGGUCAUUCCUCAUUCUCUCAAGGUGGUGAUGCUGAUAAAGACUAUUACAAUGACCUGCCAGGGAAGGUUCCCCCAGAUGUUUGUGAACCUCCACCUGUCCCACCUCUGCCAUCUCUUGUUCCGCCAUUCACCACUUUGCCACCAGUACAAACCUCAAAUUUGAUAGACCUCAGUACUGACAUCAUGCCUCAUGAUGUACCCCACCACGACUAUGUCAAUGGUAGUGUAGUGAUGCCUAGAGAAAGGGAUGUAUUUGAUAUGCAACCUUUCACCCACCAUUCGACUGCGAUGUACAGCAAAAAUGAUGGUGAUCCUAUAGCUCAACUGGAAAGUGAGGUAUGGUUCCACGGUCAGAUCAGUCGCGCUGAAGCUGAAAGUUUACUUCAAAAAGAUGGCGACUUUCUUGUGCGAGAAUCGACAAACACUAUGGAAAGGCAAUUCGUUCUGUCAGGAAUGCAAGACAAUAACAAAAAGCACUUAUUACUGAUUGAUCCUGAAGGAGUGGUCAGAACGAAGAACAGAACAUUCAACAGUGUGAGCCAUUUGAUUCAGUUUCACUACGAGAAUUCUUUGCCUAUCAUAGUCUCGGCAGAGAGUGCUCUGGUCUUGAGAAAUAAAAUUCCAAGAGCUUCAUAAAUUGUUUCUUAUACAUUCGCAAGCUUGCACCCAAGCGUUUCAGGGAUAUUUUUAUAAAAUUUUCAAGCCAUGGUGUUAGGAAAACUGCAUGUAAAAGCAAGAAUGCAAGUGAUAAUAUGAGUUAGACGUUUUGAAAUGAGUUGCUGUGAUGGACUUUGAGAAAUCUCAUCGGCUUAGUUCUACAAAUUACCGCUUUGUUUUGGGCCUAUCGAAACACUGUCAGUGCAAUCUGAUAAUGGAUCACAGACUGAUUACUUUUAAUGACCACAAAUUGAUGAAGUUAUACAUUUGUACCUAAAUAUUUAAAUGGAUACAUUUUGUAAGACAUCUGUAACCCUUCUAUCUGCUUAUUUAGAGAUUAUUUCAUGGCAUGGGUUGAUAUAGAAUAUUAUGAAAUUUUUAAAUUAUGUAUUGAUAUAAUUCUUGUAGGUUUUUCUGAAUUCACGUACACAAAAACUUACGGGAACUUGCUAAUUUUGAACCGAUGUUACUGGAUAGUUCUUUCUAGCUAGAUUAUAUUUGCGGUAAUUCUGA